AUGAAAGUGAAGGAGCUGAAGAGGACGGUGAAUGUGUGCUGGUCGCCGGCUGACCACUACCCGGUGACGAUCGCGGCCGGCUCUGCAGCGCAGCAGGUCGACUCUUCGUUUAGCUCAAGUUCCUACUUAGAGCUCUAUUCCUUAAACUUGGAAGACCCUGGACUUGAUUUAGAACUUAAAUCCAGUUUGCAGACAGAGCACAAAUUCCAAAAGAUAGUAUGGUCCGGAGCUGGUGUAUUAGUUGGAGGUUGCGAUGGAGGGCUCCUACAGUUUUACAGUUCUGAGAAAUUGAUUCAAAAUGCCCCCGAUGCACUCCUCGGUAGCAGUACCAAACAUAAUGGUCAUGUAUCAUCGUUAGACAUAAACCCGUAUCAGAAGAAUUUGCUCGCGUCCGGGGCGUCGGAGAGCGAGAUCUUUAUAUGGGACCUGAAUAACACGAGCCAGCCUAUGGCGCCUGGUAACAGGAACCAGCCUUACGACCAUGUGCAGGGAUUGGCGUGGAAUCAACAGGUGCAACAUAUUCUCGGGUCUACAUUCGCUACGAGAUGCGUUGUCUGGGAUUUAAGGAAGAACGAACCUAUUAUGAAACUAAGCGACUCUCAGUCCCGUACGAGAUGGCGCUCCCUGGCGUGGCACCCCAACGUAGCGACACAGCUUUGCAUUGCCUCCGAAGACGACCAGGUCCCCGUCAUACAGCUCUGGGAUUUGAGACUGGCUGCGUCCCCGCUGGUGACGUUGGAGGGUCACCACAAGGGCGUAAUGUCAGUGUCCUGGAGCAAGCAGGACCCUGACCUAUUGCUGUCUGCCGGGAAGGACGGGAGAGUACUCUGCUGGAACCCCAACAAUACUAAACCUGGCGGGUGGCUGCUGACGGAGGUGAGCCAGCAGCAGCAGUGGGUGUUCGAGGUGUCGUGGUGCCCGCGCGACCCCGGCCUGCUGGCCAGCGCCUCCUUCGACCAGCAGGUCGCCGUGCACUCGCUGCUGGGCGGCUCCAGGCCCGAGAUUUCGAGCCAGAACGCGAGCAACAUAAUGGAGUCAUUCGGCGGGCUGGACUCGUUCAGCGCGCUGCCGGCGGUGGCGCGCGCGGCGGCCCCGGCGGCGGCCGCGCCCGCGCAGCCGCCCGCGCCGCCCGCCUGGCUGCGUCGCCCGCGGGCUGCCAAGUUCGCCUUUGGUGGCAAAUUGGUCACAUUCGACAAAUGUCCACAAGAGGCCGGACCACAGAAACUAGUCUACAUAAGUCAGGUCGUUAGUGAGCCGGAGAUUGUAGAGAAGGCAUCUGAGUUGGACGCAGUCCUGGAGGCCAGUCUCAGUAACGACCCCGGAGCCACUGAGAGACUCGCUGAGUACUGUCGCCAGAAAGGUGACGCGGCCACAGAUCAGAAUGAACGCUACACGUGGUUCUUCCUGCGCGCUAACUUCCUGCCUACCUUCCAAACUGAAGCGCUUAAUUUACUUGGCUUCAAACAAGAUGAAAUAUCAUCAAAGUUCAAGAGUCCCAACGUUCCGACGGGCGAUGGCGCUCAACCAGACUUAGCUGCUUUGAGUAGAGGCGAGUCCACGGAGACCGAGGCGGAGUUGUCUACAGAUACCAGCACUGAUCUCUCAGAUGCUCACACACUGAUAGAGAGGAAGCUGGCAAACCUUGACAUCACCCCGCCGCCGACAGUCUCCAACGUGGUCAUUCCUAAUGGAGAAGAUUCGACGAGUCUGAUCUGCCGCGCGCUGGUGGUCGGUAACUUGGAGGAGGCCGUGGAACUGUGUCUCGAUGCUAAGAGGAUCGCCGACGCAUUGAUUAUCGCUUCAUUGGGAAGCCCUGAGCUCCUCCAGAAGGUGCAGAAGUACCACCUGAACUCUACGGCCGGGUCCCCCGUGUCGCUGGUGGCGGGCAGUCUGCUACUGGGGGGCUGGGGGGGACUCGUGGCUAGUGCUGCGCCCGCCAGUUGGAGGGAGACCCUCGCGGCUAUACUCACGCACUGCGACCAGGACACUGCCAGCCAUUACUGCGAGUUGCUGGGGGACAGGUUGUCGAAGGAGAGCGGCGCGGGGUUGUCGGAGGCGGCCAGCACGUGCUACCUGUGCGCCAUGAGCGCGGACGCGCUGCUGGCGCGCGCGUGCGCAGCGGCCGCGCCCAGCCUCGACGCGCUGGCGGCGCGCGCGCAACUGGCGCUGCUGGCGCGCCGCGCGGCGCAGGCGCGGGGCCGCCCCGUACCGGCGGGCGGCGCCGUGGAGGGCGUGGUGUCGCAGUACGCGGGGCGGCUGGCGGCGCAGGGCUGCCUGCAGGCCGCGCUCAACACGCUGCAGGCCGUGCAGCACUCCGCGCUGCGGGACCGCCUGCUGCACGCGCUCGGACAUCUACCGCAUAGGCCCAGCCAGCAGCCCCAGCCCCAGCCCCAGCCGGGCCGCGCCCACAGUGCAGCCCACCCCCGCCGCCCCACGCACUCGGAGUCGGCGUAUGCUCCUCCAGUAGGCGCGUACGAGCAGCCAUGGGGCCAGUCGUCCGUCGCGGCCCCCGCUCUGUCACAGCGCGGGCCCUACGCUGCCCCCGCCCCCGCGCCGCCCCUCCAGCCCGUGGCCCCGCCCCCCGCGCUGCUGCAGCCACAAGCCCCGCCCCCGCCGCAAGCGCAGCCGCCGCGCCCCGGCAGUGUCGGGCCGCAAGGAGGUAUCAGUGCGCGCUCCAAAUACAAAGUGGAUCCUUCAGUACAAUCGGCUCCGCUAUACAAUCAGUACAGUUUUAACAACCCAGUGACGUCACAACCUUACGGAGGUUUCAAUAGUCCUUUACCCGACCAGUAUGGAGCUACUAGCGUUCCUUCAUACAACUCACCGGGGCCCAUGAACCAGAUGGGCGGGGCUCCGGGACAAAUGGGCGGGGCUCCUGGGCAAAUGAGCGAGGCCCCGGCAGUCAAUGGCACGUACUUCAACCCGGUGCAAGCCCGUGAACCUGCAGCCCCCUUAGCUCCGUCGAAGCCUGUACCACCAGGUUGGAACGAUCCACCCAUGUUGUCUUCGAAACCUAAGCCGAAGCAAGAAGUAACAGCACAGGCACCGAUCACGCACCCACUGUUUGGGGUGGAGCCUCCCCAACACGUGCCACUGGCGACCCCCGCCCAGUACCCGGGCCAGUAUGCACAGGCCGGACAGUUUGCACAGGCCGGACAGUAUGCACAGGCCGGACAGUAUGCACAGCCCAACCAGUACGGACAACAGUAUGGCAACUCCUACCCUGACUACCAGGCCCAGAAUAUGACGCCUGGUUAUCCGCAAAAGCCGGAGAGUCCAGUCCCCGCGGAGCCCGCCAGUCCGGUCCAGAAGCCCCCGCUGCCGGAGCAGUACGCGUCGCUGCAGACCGUGUUCGAUGCCAUCCGGAAUGAAUGCACCAACAGGGCCACCAACCCCCAAAUGAAGAGGAAAUUAGAAGACGUUCAAAGAAGAUUGGAGACUCUUUAUGAUAUGCUACGGGAGUACAAGUUGUCGGAGAGCGCGUGCGCGUCGCUGGCGUCGUGCGCGGCGCAGGCGCAGGCCGGCGAGCUGGGCGCCGCGCUGGCCGUGGCCACGUCGCUGGCCACGGGGCCGGACUUCGCGGCCGUGGCCAGCUUCCUGCCGGGCCUCAAGAUGCUGUUCCAGCUGGCCGCGCAGCUGCAGGUGUAUGCGCGGUGA